AUGCCAUUUGCGAAACGGAUUGUCGAGCCACCGCUUCUGUGUAGGCAUCCGAUUCCAAAUGAUGAGGGCUUGCUAUUCGAGGAUUUGUGUUCAAUCAACAAUGUGGUUCUUUCUCGGACCUUGCGGCAGCUUUCCGACCUGGCCAAACAUGCCUGCUCCUUAUUCGAAGAGUUGGAGAGCGAGAUCAUCUCCACGAAUCAACGGGUUUGGGUUCUGCAGAAUAAAAUAGGCAAGAUACAACAGACUGCUAGCGCGUUGGAUCCCAAACAGGAGCCAGUGCCGGUGUCCACUCUGGACGUGGAGAGGAAGGUGUCAUCACACUAUCAGGCCUCGUGGCUCCUGCAGCACAAUGUGUUCCACGCCUCCUCACGCCCCUCCUGUGUGCAGGACCUCCACCGCCACGCCAAGCAGAACCUGCGCGCUCUUUAUAGAGACCAGCAGCAGCGGCAAAGGUCCACCAGCCGUGAGCGUCAUCAAGUGACCGUCUCCAUCUCAGUGGCGCCCCCUAUGCCCACAUACCCGUCACCACGGGCCCCCAGACGUACCGAACAGAGGGGGCGGCACACACACACGGAGAGGACUGUGAGAGAGCCUGAGACCCAGACCGCACAGAGAAAGUUUGCCCGACCCCGCCCCUCCUCCCCUACCCAGUGCUGCUUCUACAUCCCCUGGAGCAGAAAGGCAGCGUCUGCCGCAGACAAGGAUGCAGAGGCGUCCACUCUGGGUCACCGGCCCAAAUGUCCCAAGCCAAACCCGCCCUCCACCCUGGACAAGCAGACCAACUGGUCCAAGGCCCUGCCUCUACCCACGCCGCAGCAGAGGAUGAGAACUGACCCCCAUGUCAUCUCCUCCAGCAUCAUCCCCAUCAACGUCUCUGGAGUGGGCUUUGACCGUGAGGCCAGUGUGCGCUGCUCGCUUGUCCACUCUCAGUCCGUUCUCCAGCGACGGCGAAAGCUACGACGGAGGAAAACCAUCACGGGCAUUCCAAGACGAGUGCAACAGGACAUGGACUCUGAUGAGUCUCCGGUGGCCAGAGAGAGGACGGUGGUCAUCCACGCCCACCCGCAGCUGUCCCUGUGCCCAGACGAGCUGUCCAUGUGCGGCCGCCUCAACACCAAGGACUCGGGCUGCCAGACGGACGACCUGCUGAUCGCCGCCCCCUCCCGCCGCCGCAUCCGCGCCCAGCGCGGUCAAGGCAUUCCGGCCUCGCUGUCCCACUCCACCGGGAACAUCUCGUCGCUGCCCGACCGCUCCGACGGCCUCUACACGUCCACCUCUGGGCGCCUGCGCUCGCGAAGCCUCCCGCGAGAGGGCGGCCGCAUCCGCGACGAGAUGCAGGACGACAGCGACGAGGACGACGAGGAAGACGACGAUGAAGACGAGGACGAGGAGCUCUCCCCGUACGAGGCCGAGGACUUCCUCCCCGCGCUGGCACAGCACAUCCGCAGCCCUGACCACGGCUGGAGCGAGCGCGGCCGCUCGAGACUCCCGCGCAAGGCGGACAUGGGCAGCUGCGAGAUCUCGUCCAGCUCCGACACCUUCAGCAGUCCCAUCCACUCUGCGUCCACCACUGGGGUGCUCGGGGGCCAGAUGGACCACAAGGAGGACCACCAGUCGUCCAGCGGCAACUGGAGCGGCAGCAGCUCCACGUGUCCGUCGCAGACGUCCGAGACCCUCCCGCCGGCCUCCUCGCCGCCGCUGACCGGCUCGUCGCACUGCGACUCGGAGCUCUCGCUCAACGCGGCGCCCCACAUCAUCGACGACACCACGGGCUUCAUCAUCGACCCCUACCACGGUGACCGCGGCCGGACGCAGGGACAGCGCUCCAGCUCCUUCACCUCCUCCGCCACCGACCAGAUGGACGACGCCGGCGUCAGCACGGCCAGCGAGGGCGAGUGGAACUACACGCAGGACCAGGCCGAGCAGGACCAGCCGUGCCCGCAGGACUUCAGCCCCAAGCGCUCCCGUGACGACCAGGGCCUGCAGUGCCCCAGCUACAGAGCCACCUACGAGGGCUUCAGCAGCAAGUCCUCCUCCGGGCAGACAGGGGGCAGCACCUUGCACUACACGGACACAGAGGGCCUCUAUGCCUCCAUGCACUUUGCCUCUGGUCUGAAGGACAGCAGGAGCUUCGUCUAUAACUAUGCAGCGGAGUGUGGCCCCAGCAUGGGGCUCAGCCCAGGGGACUACGCUCAGGUCGACUACAGGGGCACUAGGACCGGCGGGAGGCAGAGUCUCUCCCUACGGAAGCCAAAGGCCAAGCCGCCCCCACCAAAACGGAGUUCAUCACUGAAGGAGUCGAGCAGUAUGGAGAUACUGGACCAGAGUGAGGAGAUCCUGGACCAGAGUGAACCAAAGACGCUGAUCACUGACCAGCCCCUGCCCUUGUCUUCCAGGGAGAUGAAGCUGGACUUGGAUCUGGCCGGUUCCGUUGGUCCAGCGGAGAUGCUGGGCCUGGAGCCCGAGACGCUGGGUGCCUGGGGCGUGGAGAGUUCCAGAGAGGUGGACGACGCGUCUCCGUUCUGUUCCAGUGACACACACUCCUUCAAGGACGAAGGGGCCGUGCAGUCCGACUAUGCAGACCUCUGGCUCCUCAAUGACCUGAGGACCAACGACCCCUAUCGGUCCAUGUCCAACUCCAGCACAGCCACGGGCACCACUGUUAUAGAAUGCAUCAGGUCCCCAGAGGUCUGCGAGGUCCAGACUGUGCGUCCGAGCUCCAAGCCCACGUCACCAUCUCAUCCGGCUGCAGAGAACUUCAAGCUCUCGUCCCCCGAGAAGUUAGCCGGCUUGGCCUCUCCUUCCAGCGGCUACUCCAGCCAGUCCGAGACGCCCACGUCGUCCUUCCCUUCCGCCUUCUUCCCCAACCCGCUGUCCCCGUCCAGCAGCAAGAGGAAGCCCAAAGUCCCCGAGAGGAAGUCCUCGCUCUCCUCGCUGCAGCAGCAGCAUCUGGCCAGCUGCUCGUCCAGACGGGACGCCGAACCAACCGCGGCCGUCCCCCCCUCUCACCUCGACCUAAGUGCUCUUCACACGGGUCCCCCCAAACCCCCCCCGUACCGCAUACACACUCUCCACCACAGCAAGCAGAGGGCAGCGGCUGCGGCUGCGGCUGCAGCGGAGGCCAGGGCUGUGGCUGCUGCUGCUGCUAUCCAGUUGCGCUCCACUGGCACGAGGGACCAAGAGCAAUCCAGCACAGAGACCAGCACUAGGCCGCGGUUCCCUGCUCAGUACUCUGACAAUAGACAGACACCAUCCACUCGGCCCCCUGCCUACAAGUCCCAUGAUGCACCAUCUCAGGAGUUAAGUGACACCGGGGUCUCGUUAGGAGAGAGCACCCGCGCCACGGAGCCCACACCACGACACAAGCUGAGGCAGCAGAGACUCGUCCCCGGCACGUACUGGGCCAUGACCGCGUUCCGCACGCCGGUGGAGGUGAGCGGGGACGAUGACGACCUCAUACCUCAGUCGGGGGCGGAGCACGACUCCAGAGGCGCGGCAUGCGGCACGGGAGAUCUGACCGCUAGCGGAGGUCUCCACACGGAAGCCUGCACUCACAGACCCAAGCACCAGUGGACAGACGCCGGGUCGGCCUCGUCAUGUCUGACCAGCACUACGCGCACCCCGGCUCAGAGGGAAACAACAGCAAGCUGUGACUUCGUACUGUUCAGCAGUCCUGACCAAGUGCCUGCCAGAGCAGCGGACACAUCGCACACUUACCAAAUCAGCGAUGGCCAGAACAGAGAGGAAGACUGCCAGCCUCUAGGUGUCCACACCAGAAGUGCCUCCCAGGACAAUCGAGACGAAGGCUCCACUCCAGACACAGAGGAUUACUUCAGUAAAGAGUCUACGCCCAGUGACAAUUCCACUUCUCCACUGACUGAUGACACCAAACCUGAUGAAGACGGUGUUUUCCCUUCACCAAACAGACUGCGCACAACAGAGGAUCUCUUCGCCAUGAUCCACAGGUCCAAGAGGAAAGUUCUGGGCCGCAAGGACUCGGGAGAGCUGUGCGUGAAGAGUCGAGUCGGGCCCCCCGCGGUCAGCAUCCCCAUUCCCAUCCCUGUCAGCGUUCCCGUGACGACGCCCAGUGUGCCCACUGCCCCUCCCACCCCCGCCGCCCCCCAGCGAGUCCCCGGACCCAUCUACCGCAACGCCAAGAAGUCCAGCACCUCCAACGAGGAGUUCAAGCUGCUGCUGCUGAAGAAGGGCAGCCGCACGGACUCCAGCUACCGCAUGUCCGCCACCGAGAUCCUCAAGAGCCCCGUGGCGCCCAAGACCCCCGCGGAGCUGCUGCUGGAGGCUGUCGCCACGCCGACCGAGGAGCCGCCGUCGCCCGUGCAGGAGGUGCCCGCCGAGCCAGACCCUCAGUCCAGUCCGCAGUGCCCGCGGGCCAACACAGAGGGCUUCUCGCCCAAGACCCUCGCCGCCACGAGCGGCGCGUCCAGGCCGGGUCGCUCCCGCAUCCCCCCCGCCGCCAACAGCAGCCGCUACAGCACACGCAGCCGCCUCUACACCGCCCCCAUGCAGGCCAUCUCCGAGGGGGAGACCGAGAACUCCGACGGAAGCCCUCACGAUGACCGCUCCUCCUAGAACUCCGACGGAAGCCCUCACGAUGACCGCUCCUCCUAG